AUGGCUUCAUCAUUAUCAUCAACAAAUACAGACUUCGAAUAUUUUGGUCAGAAUGUUUAUUCAACUGUUUGUCAAAGUAACUAUAAUCAAAAUGUAUUUCUUUCACCAGCAAGUAUUGCUCUUGCUAUGGCUAUGUGUACAGUUGGUGCUCGACGAGAAACAUUAAAUCAAAUGUUACAUGUCUUUAAUGCAUCAUCAAUAGAACAUUUAGCAAAAAUAGCUGAAAAAGUUAUGUAUAUUUUUUCUGUUGCUGAUUAUGAUACGCAAGUUCAACUUAAAUUAGUUAAUCGUCUUUAUGCACAAAAAUCAUAUACACUUCGACAAGAUUAUUUAAAUUUUGUUCAAAGCUUUUUCAAAGCUGAUAUCACACUUGAAGAUUUUGAAAAUAAUAGUGCUUAUGCUAUUCAAACAAUCAAUGCAUGGAUUGAAGAACAAACAUAUGGGUUAAUUCAAAAUUUACUCUCGAUAAAUGACGCUUCACAAUAUACGCGAUUGAUUAUUGUGAAUUGUAUUUAUUUUAGGGGUACAUGGGUACAACAAUUCGACGAAUAUUUUACAAAUCAAUAUGCUGAUUUUUAUGAAGUUAAUGGUCACGUAUCAAAAAUCCAACUAAUGUAUCAAAAAGAAAAUUUUAAUUAUGCUGAAGAUGAUUAUUUAAAUGUACAAAUUGCUCAUUUACCGUAUAAAAGUGACAGUUACGAUGUUGAAUUUGUUUUUACUAUAAUUUUACCAAAACAAGGUAUUUCAUUAGACGAAGUUGAACAAAAAUUAACAUUACAACCAGACUUAAUGCAACAGAUGUUAAGUGACACAUAUACGACAAGAAAAAAACUUCUUUUAUAUAUACCAAAGUUUAAAAUGGAAACUAAGUUUGAAUUAAAUGAUGUUCUUAUACAGCUUGGAAUGAUAAAUGCAUUUAGUGAAAGCAAAGCAGAUUUUACCGGUAUAGUCAGUGAACAAUAUGAUAGAAAUGGUUUAUAUAUUAGCAAGGUUAUUCAUAAAGCAUUUAUCGAUGUGAAUGAACUCGGUUCAGAAGCAGCCGCAGCUACAGCGGUUUCCAUGGUUUAUGGUUGUUCACUAAUACAUGAGGAAGAACAGCCUAUUGAAUUUAAAGCUGACCGACCAUUUUUAUUUUUCAUUCGUGAAAGUCGACAAAAUAUUGUUUUAUUCAGUGGCAAGUUUGUUUCACCACCAACAGCUUCAUAA